AAAAGGUGGUCGGGUCCGCAGGUUUUAAUUCAAUCACUUAACAACGGAUGUCCAGAGCAGUUGAGGAUAAAGCCACCAUGUUAUUCUAUUGUUUCCUCGCUGUUGGAUUUGCGGCCGUGGUUCAGGCUGGAUUACCCGAAGCUGGUGGAUUUCGGUACGCCGUGAACGAUUUCAACGGAAAUGAGCAAUCUCACCAGCAAAAUCGCGGACCAGGCAACGCCGUUAACGGCCAGUACAAGGUCCUUUUACCAGAUGGACGUUUACAGACGGUUACCUACAUUGCAGACGAAGGUGGUUACCGGGCUAAAGUAGACUACACUCCCGCUGCUCCCGGAGAGGCCACGACUGCUGGCAAAGGAUUACCUUUACCAGCCACUUCUCGAUUUUCUAGCGUGAUUGGCAAUGGAUACGUAUCCGGUGUAGGAGGAGGAUUUGGGGCAAGCGCUUUCGGUGCCGCGCCUUACGGAGCUGGAGCCAUCGCAGCAGGUGCUUUGGGGGCUGCUGGAUCGUACGGAUCUGGAUUUGGCUUCGGUGGCGCCAGCUACGGCGGGAUGUUCAACCAAUUCUCUGGCGGAUAUGGAGCUGCUGGAUUUAGUGGAGGAGCUGGAUAUGGCGGAAGUGCUGGAUAUGGCGGAGGGGCUGGAUAUGGCGGGGUCGCUGGAUAUGGCGGAGGGACUGGAUAUGGUGGGGUCGCUGGAUACGGCGGGGCUGCUGGAUACAAUACAGGAAGUUACGGAGGAUUUGGAGGCGGCAAUAAUUACGGAGCCGGAGUAUCCGGGGGCUAUGGGUAUUCAUCUCCGAUCUUUGGAGCUUUGGGAUACAACCCGAUUGGACAUUCUUCCGCUUCUCCGGCCGGAUACUCGUACGGCUAUUCAACGCCUUUCUCCCAAGUCUAUUCAUACAGCAAUAUCUUGGGCUAGAGGUUUAUUACUAGAUAAUAUCCUAUACACGAAACCCUAUCAACUUGAUUGAUCAAAUAACCCAGACAUAUUAUUCGCAAUAAGAUGCACCUGCAUUCUUAAUUCCAUUUUUUUUAAACAAUGUAUAAACCGCAUUCUGUAUAAAUACCAAUCGCGAAACGUUUUACGGUAUUCACUGAAUAAAGAAUUUUGAGCAUA